GGCUUUCCAGUUUCCAGGUUUUGAGUUCUUUUGGUUGAUUUCAUGCGUACCAUUUGUUUGGAAAUUUGGAUCACGAUGAUAACUUAUUGAUAAAAUCUGUAAGCAAUCAUAUUUUCACGCUAAAAUGUGGCUAUAGUGGUCCAUUACAGUACCACUACUGGAAGAUUAUCGUUCUGGUUUACGAUUUUCUGAUUUUUAUCCGUUUGUAAUCAAAUCAAAUUAUUCCCUUGGCCUUCUGCUUCGCAAUAUUUUGGAGCUCAACUGGAAACAAUUAGUUGCAUUUGCCCAGAAUGUCUACGAAACGCAUCCUUAUGGUUCGUCCGGAAAAUGUGGCUACAUCUUCCAAGGGGAAAAUAACAAAAACUGAUCAAGAACCCAGCUCAGCUUACGAGCCAUCCACAUCGCAGCCGGUGCUGAUCGGGAAAGCAUACAAACGCAGCAAAUCUGACAGUUCCUUGUCCGUGCAGAAGAAACUGAAGCAGAUGCGAAAAAAGGACGACGCCAGUGUUAGCACUGCAUUGCCAUUUACCAUUUAUGAAGAAACGGAAACCCGCAAAUCCGCGUCGUCGUCAAUUGUAGGAGAAAGGGAAGCGGCGGAUGCGGAUGAACAGGACGAAAAUUCCAAUUCCUUGUCGGACAACGUUAAUAUCAUAUUGGAAGACGAAGAACAAAAGCCUGCUGUUGAGAAUCGACAAGAACUUCCCUACGAUGUUCUCAAAUCCAUCGCCGAGGACCGUCGACUUGCCUUGGAGACAGCACUGAUGGAAAAUCAAAUGCUGUACGCCCAACUUGACAGUUUGACCAAAGAGAACGAGGUCCUUGCAGGGAUGGCGGCGCAGGCUGACGAAAUGGCACGGAUACUCGCGGCGGAUGCCUACCGAAGCGUCGGAGUGGAUGUCGGUACACAAACCGAGCCUUUCCCUGUCCUUCCGCGAACAUGAGCAUGCCUCGCUUCCGGAUGUUCCCCACAUUGGCACCCCCAUGGUUUAUGGUUAUGUAGUAGGAAAAAAACAUACACAGAGGUUCUAACGUUUCGAACUGACCGCGCGAACAUUGUGAGCCAAGUCUGUCGCAGCACGUGCAUGUUUGUGCUCUUGUGUGGAAUUGUGGGUAAUUUCUGGUUACGAUUAGAUGAGAUGUGUUUGUUGAUAAGUCACUCAGAAAUGAUUAUCAGUCCGUGUUUGGGGAGGGAUUUAGCGGUCCAGUUGUGUUUUGAAUGCUUGUAUGCAUUGUACGUAAUGUACUGCAUCAAUUAUCAAUUACUUAUAAAAUUUCACCGUCAUAAA